GCGAAGUAGAAUCAUGUUACAAACAUCUUAGUUUAGUAAUUUUCUGUCUUUUGCUUGGUUUCACGAGAACAAAACAUAAGCUCUGUAUGGAACAGAGGAUUAUAGGUGCGUUUUCAGGCAUGUUUGAUAAAUGUCGGCAUAGGCAAGCUUUUUAAACCAGUUCAGCAAGCACAAUAUUGAACCUUUUACUUGAACAUAUUAAUAAAUAAAUAAAACAUUAAAUACUAAAUAUGGCUACAAGAGUAGCCGACGUUACUUUUCCUUUGUGUAUUUUUAUUUGUAUUUUAACAGGCGGCUUCAGUGCUACCUUUUAAAUCGUGACCCCAACAACAUGUCAAGAAACACUUACUAGCCUACAUAAAAAUGUCCACUUAUAAUUUAAUUGCAACCAGUAGUGCAUGUGGAAAUAAACAGAUUUCGAUGGGUCUUAAAUUCUACACAUCUAUUUUAGUGGUCUAAAGAAUCCGAGGGCGGAGCAAAGAAGCGCUCCAGAAACCCCAUUGGCAGCGCGUUUGGAAAGGGAACUGAGGGAACUGAUGCACACAUGACAUUUUCUGACACUUUGCCUGUUGAUUGAGUCAGAAGACGUUUUCCUUUCAUUAAAUCGCACUUAACUUGAAAGACAAUUACACUGUGGACUAAUUCAUCGCCAUGAAAGAGCAACAGUCUCCCAGAUAGAAGCACAACACUUCAGGCCAUCCUAAUUUGACGAGCAAUUUACGUAAAUGUUUUAAAUGGCGAAUAACCGCACCUCAUUUUCCAUUCAUAACAUCUUAAACCGUGAUUCCGAGAAGAAUAUUCGUAUUGACGAGGAAUACGCUGAUGAACAGGCAAUAGGGGACACAGAGGCACAGGAUUGUUCCAGUUCAUCUGUAUCGGUCGGUAAGAAUGAAGCAGAGAGCGCAGAAAGGCGCAUCUCUCCCUGUGUGCUUGUGUUGGACUCAUUCUCCGAUCAGAAUUCAUGCGAGGAAGAAUCAACGGGGGAAGACACUUCACAACCAGAAAUACGACAUGAUAUUGACCGAGGGAAGGCACAGAGCUGUAAUUUCGGAGAUAACAACCCCAAAUCGAGCAAGAAAAGGUCUCGGGCGGCGUUCUCACAUGCGCAGGUGUAUGAGCUGGAGCGGCGCUUUAACCUGCAGCGGUACCUGUCCGGCCCAGAGCGCGCAGACCUCGCAGGAGCGCUCAAACUGACGGAGACACAGGUGAAGAUUUGGUUCCAGAACAGGAGAUACAAAACCAAACGGCGACAAAUGGCGACCGAGCUUACGACAACUCCCACAGCAACCCUGGCGAAGAGAGUGGCAGUGAAAGUACUGGUGAAAAACGACCAGAGGCAAUACAACGCCGAGGAUCUACCUAGUCCGUUCGUUCCUCCCGUAUACCAGUCUUUCCCUUACUACCCUUACAUGUGCUUCCAGCCAUGGAUCUCUGGGAACACUUUAAGUGGUGGCUUGUACUGAUUUACUGGGGGUUACGGCACAAUGUGGGAAGUGACUAUUGAGUUUUGUUAAACACAAACAAUCAUCAGCCAGUCAAAGUGCACUUAUGCAGAAGAGAAAACACAAAUCAUUUUGUUUCAGCAGGGUUGUAAAUACCAAACAUAUCUAAUAAACUGUAGAAUGGCCUAAGAAACCAAAAGGACAACCAAACUGGGAUGUGACAAUACUGAUGUUCACUAUUAAUACUUUUAUACCGAUGAAUAAGCCAAAGCAGAGACAAUUCACUCUAUAGAAAUUUUGUCAGGUUUGUAGUAUAACCUAAAACUGUUAAUGUUGCACAAAAUAUUAGGACAAAAUACUUAAAUAUUUAAAAAUCUAUGGAUGUCAUUGCACUAUAGGUGACAAACUGUUCAACCAAAAAGUGGCAUCUGCACACAAAUAAGGCUAAACAUUUUCAGAACGAAAUUUUUAAUAGCCAUUUUUCAAUUUAUUUUUAACUAACUGGUCAUGCAGGUGCCUAAAUAAUCUUUGCUUUGUGAAAUGUUUUGCUUGAAAAGUGCUUGCCUUUCUUUAAAAUAAAUGCCACAUGGUUUGACAUUUUGUUCUAUAAUGCAAAGACAUUCAUACAUUAAGUGUCCAAAUACUUUAUGAGGCCACAGUAGCCUGGUUUGAUAUGUACAGAGUGUAUUUAGUUUUUGGAGUUUUUCCUUUGUUAGCCUUUGGUGAAUAAAGUUCAUCUUUAUUUCCAUCACCGUUGGAAGUUUAAAAGUAAUCUUCCAUAUGCUGUAAUACAGUCUUACAUGUCUUAAUAUGUGUCAAGCAGACUUUUAAUGUAAUAGCUGAAUUAAAUUUGUUCUCAAAGUCACUGACAACUGUGAAAGAAUACAGGUUUAUAUUAAAGAUAUAACACGUUUUAAAACAAAGUAGGAAUAAUGUGGCAUGUCGGAGAAAAUCUAACUGCAAGAGUAUAAGGCUUAAAGGGGGUUUGUCAACAUGAUGUGCUGAGAUUAUGACUUUAGGGCAAUAAUGUAAGAGGAAACAAUGAACUGGUUUGACAGGCAACACAGAAUGCCAACAUACAGAAAUAAACUUCAAUAAUCCACAAGAAAAGUGUAAAUCUUUGUUUUUGUUUGUUUUUAGACAAAUCAAGACAAUUUAUGAUAAAUAGACAAACAAAAAGAAUUUACUGGAGUCAUAUUGACUGACUGCUUGAAUAGGUUUUAAAUAAAGUGUUUAAUUAACAAAAGAAAACUAGUUAUAGAAAGGCAGUCAAUCUGGGAUUACAGUUUUAUAGUCAGUAUCAAAUGAGUGAAUUAUUUUCAAUCUGCCCUCUCUAUGACCUCUCUUACAAGACUGUGUCUAGUCGAAGUUGUUCAUUUUCAUGAGAAACAACAUUGUCAAGUUGUCUGUUUUGAAUAGUCUUGACUCCUGUGUUUAAGAAGGACAUUAUCACUGUAAAACCAAAAAGGCAAGAAAGAAAAGAAAAAAGAAAAAGACCAGAAAACAAUCCAUUGUGUGUAGAACUAUUCCAGAAUAUAUAAAAAUCUCCUCAAUCUGCUGAUCAAUUUUUUUGUACAGUAACUAGUUGAUAAUGCAUAUUUGAAUAACUCUGUUAAUUAAGUUGUUAAUUUAUCUAUGUUCAUUUGUCUGUUCAUUAACUGCAAUGAAUAUCCGCAAAGUUUCUGGUACUGUUGUUUAUCUAAACGUUGAACUGACUGUUGUUCCACGUGACAGAAAGGCUGUGCUGCAUUUCACACUCCAUGAGACGGCUGUUUAUCGCAAUAAAAAAAUAUUGUGGCAGAGAAAUAUAGUUCUAUUUCAAGCAUCUCAGCAUAAAGCAGUUCACAUAAGUUUAAGCAGCCCUUUCGUGAUAUCUGCAUGAUUCAGAUACUGUCAAUAGACCAUAUCUGUGUUGCACAACAGAGUCUGGCUAAAGCCCAGGGCACAUUAAUCAUAUGUGCUUGAGGAGACAACACCCUCAUAAAAGCAAGAGAAAGAAGGGUCAAAAUCACCAAAAUACAGCAUCCAUCUGCAAUCACACCCAUCUCAAACCUGCAUCCACAGUCGUUAAAUUUUAAACAUAGUCAAUCCAGAUUCAAUGGAUGAAAUCUUAGUAACUCAUAGUGUAUCUUUGUUCAUUGUGUGAGUGCCAUCAGUACAUUUAAGGGAUUUGAGUGUCACUUAAAUUCUACACAUCUAUUUUAGUGGUCUAAAGAAUCUGAGGGUGGAGCAAAUAAGCGCUCCAGUAACCCCAUUGGCAGUGCAUUUGAUAUUCACUUAAAAUUCACCACUAAGGUGAUAGUUUUCAGAGAAGAUGAGCUGUUCAUUGUACAACACCCUUGGUAACACAAAUAUAUUGACUUGUCCUUCGUUUAUAUAUAAAAAAAAUAAAUAAAUAAAAAUAAAAAAUCAGUUACAUUAAAACACUUUCAAUGGAAGUGAAAUGGGUCUGUCCAUAAACAUUAAAAUACACAUUGUUUCAAAAGUAUAGACACAAGAUGUGUAUAGUGUGAUAAAAUCUCUGCUCUACAUGAUUUUAGUGUGUUGUAAAAACGGUUACAUUGUUACGGCAUUGCAUUGACAUGGCAAUGAAGUGCUGUUGAUUGAACCAGGUUCAUUUUGUGAACAUACUGAGCACUUUAUUAGGAACAUUAUGGACCUAAUAAAGGUUCAACGUGUUUCUGAAAUUCUGAGAUGCUAUUCUGCUCACUACAAUUGUACAGAGUGGUUAUCUGAGUUACCAUAGCUUUUCUGUCAGUAGCGUUUCCAUCCGCAGAACUGCCGAUCACUGGAUAUUUUUGGCACCAUUCUGAGUAGUCUCUAGAGACUGUUGUGCGUGAAAAUCCCAGGAGAUCAGCAGAUACAGAAAUACACAAACCAGCCAGUCUGGCACCAACAAUCAUGCCACGGUCGAAAUCACUGAGAUCACAUUUUUCCCCAUUCUGAUGUUUGAUGUGAAAAUUAAUUGAAGCUCCUGACCCGUAUAUGCAUGAUUUUAUGCAUUGCACUGCUGCCACACGAUUGGCUGUUUAGAUAAUCUCAUGAAUACUGUAACAGGUGUACAGGAGUUCCUUCUAAAGUGCUCAGUGAGUGUAUGAUUUUAGUGAAGUGAGAUAU